UUCCGCACGCGCUAUUUACUUGAUUCUCCCUCGCCGUACAACUCGAUUAUCUGUUAUUAUCCUCCGCAGCAGCAGCUUAUAGUAUUCCUCUUAGCUUCGCCGCACCGCGCCAGGAGAGAUGCAGGGCCGCUCUCGAAGGGGCGAGAGGCCCCCUACUAUUCCCAACACUCGGUCUGGUGUCGCUGGACGCGCUGGCGUUCGACCCCCGCCGAACAGGGUAUCGGCCCUUCGCCAUCCCGUCCAUCAUGCUGCCGCGGCCGCGAGGAUCGACCGUACCGCUGCGCCUUCGCCGGCGGAGUCGAUGGUAUCGGUUGCCACUACCGGGACCAAGCGCAAAGAGCGCGAAUUCGAGAUGGAGACCGGCGAAGAGACAAACAUUAACGUUGUUGUACGAUGCCGUGGUCGCAACGAGCGAGAGGUCCGGGAAAAUAGCGCCGUUGUUCUCUACACGGAGGGCGCUAAAGGCAAAUCUGUCGGCCUCUCCAUGGGGCCCAACGCCCUGAGCAACAAAACCUACAACUUCGACCGCGUCUUUUCGCAAGCGGCCGACCAGAGCAUGAUCUACGAUGACGUUGUCAAGCCCAUAUUAGAAGAGAUGCUGGGGGGGUACAAUUGUACGAUAUUCGCCUACGGCCAGACCGGCACUGGCAAGACAUACACCAUGUCGGGGGAUAUGACCGACACCCUCGGCCUCCUUUCCGAUUCGGCCGGAAUCAUCCCCCGCGUCCUACACUCGCUUUUCAACAGGCUCGAUACGGAAGACACGGAGAGCUUGGUCAAAUGCUCCUUCAUCGAGCUGUACAACGAGGAACUGCGAGACCUGAUCUCUGCCGAGGAGAGCACCAAGUUGAAGAUUUACGACGAUGCCUCCCGGAAGGGCCACGCAACCACGGUUGUUCAAGGCAUGGAAGAGUCGUAUAUUAAGAAUGCGGCAGAAGGUAUCAAGCUCCUCCGAGACGGUAGUCUGAAGCGGCAGGUGGCUGCGACCAAGUGCAACGAUCUGAGUAGUCGAAGCCACACGAUAUUCACUAUCACGGCGUGCGUUAAGCGGGCAGGAGAGGAUGGGGAGGACUAUGUCAGCGCCGGAAAGCUGAACCUGGUAGAUCUUGCCGGUAGCGAGAACAUCCAGCGCUCUGGAGCCGAGAACAAAAGGGCGGCAGAAGCCGGCCUGAUCAACAAGAGUUUGCUCACUCUAGGGCGGGUUAUCAAUGCCCUCGUCGACCAUAGUUCACACAUUCCCUACCGAGAGUCAAAGCUCACCCGGCUACUCCAAGACUCCCUGGGUGGUCGCACAAAAACAUGCAUUAUCGCCACCAUUUCACCCGCGAAGAGCAACCUCGAGGAGACGAUAUCGACUCUCGACUAUGCUUUCAGAGCAAAGAAUAUCCGUAACAAGCCUCAAGUCAAUCAGCCCAUCAAUAAGAAGACCCUACUCAGAGAGUUUACACACGAGAUCGAACGACUCAAAAGCGAACUGAUCGCGACGCGCCAACGUAACGGUGUUUACCUACCAAAUGAUAGUUACGAGGAGAUGACAGUCGAGAGCGAAUCUCGUAGAAUCCAGAACGAGGAGCAGGCUGCCAAGAUCGAGACACUCGAAUCUAACCUGCGCAACAAGGGUCAGGAGCUCCUUUCCCUAACCACGAACCUUAUGGGUUUGAAAAAGGACCAUGAAACGACCAAGUCGCAGCUGGACGAGACGAAAGACGUUCUCGAUCAAACCGAGCUCGUGCUCGCCGCCGCCCGCAAGUCUCUCGCCGAGGAAACUCACCUGCGGAAAGCACACCAGAAAACGGAGGCACAGAUUCAAGCCAUUGGCGGAGAACUCAUCACCACCAUCCAGAAGACCGUCAAGGACGUCGGAGGUUUACACGCCAAGAACAGGAGAAAGUCGGAUCUACAAUCGUUGAACCGUACCAACUGGAGGUCAGCCCAAGACCAGGUGUCAGAUGUAACUUCGCUCGUCGAGAGCCGCGUUGAGGAGUUUCGAACCGAACAGCAGCAACACAUGAGGAGCAUUUCAGAGCGAAUGCAUUCCUUCGUCCAAGGGGAACUCGGGAAGCUCUCAGUCACGCAGUCAUUCCUCGACCAGAACCUAGAGCUCUUCGCUCAAUCCAAGAGAGAUCUUGCGGAACAGAGGCAACAGUCGAAGGACGAGAUGGACGAAGUACUCGAGGAGAUCCGAGAAGUUCGCGACCACAUCAAGGAGAGAGUAGGCGAGAGCUUGCAGACCAUCGCAACGGCAGCGGAGAGAAUAGCGGAAGAUGUCCUUAGCGAACUGGGUACGUUUCAUACCCAGCUGCACUCAUCCUACGCGUCGCUGGGCAGGGACUUUAAGUCAAUUUUUGAGGAGCUAUUGAAGCAUAUCGCAUCACAGAAGCAAGAGUCCGAAGAUCUCAGAGAGCAGCUGCAGCGCGCAGGCCAGGAGAUUAUCCAGUCGAACGCCUCCAUCUCGGUACAAGUGCAACAAGUCGUGAACGAGGAACGGCGACAGGCUGCGGAGGAACGGAAAAAGCUGUUGUCACAGAUCUCUGCUCUCAUACACUCCCAAGCAGAACUUCAGGAGUCACGCCUAGCCAGCAAGGCGGCUUCGAUCCAAGAGAGGUUGCAGGAGAACAGCACCGCCUUGGAAGGCGGCAUGGCGCAAUAUUCUCAGGCGCUAGAUGGUUGGAAUCAACGAGAAGCCCAGCUCCUCGACGAAGUGGCCAACUCACGAGAGACCUUGAAGACGAAACUGAAGGAUGAUUGGACUGUCGCAAAUAAGCAUAGCACCUCGAUUCAAGACACGACCAAAUCCGUACACGCUGAAACCGUGCGGGUUGUCGACGAACAGAUGAGGGACCUCGACGAGCAGAUGACGUCGUUGGACGACUUCGUCACUCGUGCCCAUUCGCAAAACACGUUACACCACAACCGAACCUCAAGUUCAAUGCAAAGCCUAUCAAGCACGGUGGAAGGCUCGUAUGCGAACAUCGCCGACCAUUUCCGAGCCACCUAUUCGAGAGUACAGGACCUCGGCUCGGAGAUGGACGCGGAUAUUACAGACGCUCAGACAUGCUUGGAGCCCCUGCCCACGACUCUCUGCCAGCCCCUGUCGGAUCUUCGAGAGGAUAUCAGAGGCACAAUCCUACAAGAGUACCUACCCACAGGAGAAACGCCACAGAAGAGGAACUACGAGUAUCCUACGGAGCUCCCGCAAACAGAAGCGCACGAAACACUUCUGAGGAAGCUGAACAGCACCGCGACACCCAGCAGGGCUAAGGUCUUUGCCGAUGCGGACCCUGCCCUGGCAGAGAACCGCUCGCCCUCGAGGCGUCUCGCCUCGGACAAUUCAUUCCCACUCUCGGACCGGGACCAUAACCCACUUUCCAUGAGUCUGCGUGAGGUACACCCAAAUCUUAACACGACAGGCACACUCUACUUCGACACCCGUACUAAUAUCGCAGUCCACGGAUUUAGCGCUAGCCUCGGCCCGGGUGUGACGGAGGACACGGCUGCAGACGCAGACGGCGAUCAGGCGAUGCCGUUGCUUAAGAAGAGCAGGACCACACGGUCAAAAUCGGGGAGGAGGACGGUGAAUGCGGAGGGACGGGAGAACCUGCCGCUUCUAUCGUCGGUCAUACCUGGGGGUGGCCCAGAGAUCUUUUCGCAGAGCAUCUCUAGGAGAAAGAGCCCGAGACUGAACUAAGAUAACCAGCUACGCAACGGCCGGAUUACCGAAGGCGGUCGCCUUGAGGACAGUGAUAAUUGGCGCAAAUCGUGCCAUGCUACUAAGGGAGGUCAAGAGGUGUCUUAGGUUAUCGGGGUUUGAUUUCAGGGUUCGCGGAUCGAAUGGGGAGUGUGCGGCGCUUUUCUCUCCUUUUUUCCUCCCGUAGGUCUGUUGUUCCAUGGGUUGAUAGGACGCGCGGGAGGGGGUGGGAGGGGGGUUUGUGUGAGUCCUCUGGACCUUACUUAUGGGACGUGUUACUCUCGUGUUAGUUCCAACAGCCUCGUUGGUAUGCUAGAUACCCCUUAUUUUUGGACCAAAAGCAGGAACUCGAUGAUUGAUUUCCGUUCGAUACUGUCUCUAUUCCCCGAUUUGUGUGUUCUGGGGCGCCUGCGUACUGCUCUGCGCCAUCGCCAUAGCAGUGCGGCCCGUGUCUGAUAACUAUAACGCAGAGGUAGAUGAUGUCUAGAC